UUCAUUCCUUCUAUCCCCAUCUCUGCAACAAUCCUCUUUUUCUCUCUCUAUCUCUCUCUCUGUUUGUUUUCUUUCGUUCCCCCACCGUUUGUGGCGGAAUAGCCGGUGGAUCUUAAUCAAAACCCGAUUGUGAGAGUUCUUGGUGGCCGGAUUCAACCAGUGUCUCAGAUGGAAGAAGAACAGGUUUCGGAUCAUCGGUGUUGGGAUGAGCUAUUGCCGGAUACGCUUGGCAUAAUCUUUUGUAAACUAUCUCUUCAAGAAUUGCUCACGGUUGUUCCAAGAGUGUGCAAAUCUUGGGAGAAAGUGGUGAAUGGUCCUUAUUGCUGGAGGGAAAUUGACAUUGAAGAAUGGUGCAACGGAUCCACGCCGGAGAAUAUCGAUCGGAUGGUUCGUAUGCUCCUCACAAGGAGCUGUGGUUCCUUACGCAAGCUCUAUGUUUCUGAACUUCAUGGAGAUCCAAUAUUCUCCUUCAUUGCUGACAAUGCGAGUUCUCUUCAGAUGCUGCGAUUGUCGAGGAGUGACAUAACCGAUGAUGUGAUUGAAAGAGAGGCGGAGAAGUUCUCCAAUAUCACAUCCUUAGACCUAAGCUACUGCUGCAAACUGGGUGCUCGAGCACUCGAAGCAAUGGGAAAGAAAUGUCGGUUACUCUCAUCCCUAACAAGAAACAUGCACCCUUACUACACAGAAAGCAAGGAAAUAUUAUCGCAGGAUGAGGAGGCUUGGGCCAUUGCCAGCACUAUGCAAAAGCUGAAGCAGCUUGAAAUUGCAUAUCUCUUGGUUGAAACAGAAGGUGUGAUGGAGAUCAUCCACAAGUGUCGAGAUCUCGAGUUAUUGGAUGUGAGGGGAUGUUGGGAUGUGAGGAUCGAGCAUAAGGAAAUUGAGGAUAAGUUUCCGAAUUUGAAGAUUCUGGGUCCUCAUGUUCAUUACUGGAACAAGACUCAUUGGGAAUAUAUGAUGUCUGAUUGCUCUAACUCACUUUACGAUUCGGAUGACAUGUUGUUCGACUAUGAAGAUGAUGACGAUGAUGAGCAGCUUGAGCUUCGGUUCUACGAUGGGUCGGAUGGGGAUUUUGGUUACGGUUGGCCUUUGGAUCAUGAUCGUGGCUGGCCUGCUUCUCCUUAAGGUUGGUUGGCUGGCUGGGGGUGGCCUUUGGACCAUGUUUCUGUUUGUUUGUGUUGUGUUUUGUUUUGUUUUAGUUGAAUGUUCUUCUUGAACAUGUGGUUCUUAUUUCUAGUAUCUACUAUGAACCUCCUUUCCAAAAAAGAAAAAAAAUGCAUCUACUAUGAACCUUUAUCUAUCUAAUCUUAUUUAUCUAUUCCAUGUU